UUUUGUUAUUGGAAUUAUUGAACUAUAAAUGGGAAUGUCGCUUUGAUUUAAAUAAUUUGAGCAAGAGGGAAUAUCAUUAAUUAUUAUCCUCAUUAUAUGCUUCAUAAGCAUUCGUCAGUUCUUUGAAAGCAAUUUUCUGUAGGAGCUGAGUGCUAUUCAAAUUCUGGAUAAGUGUUCGUUCUUCCUGCUCAAGUCUGGCUACACUAGUUUCUUUUUCGAGUCUAUUCUGGGUUUUCUUGUUGAUCAUGUCCAUGAGACCCUCUUGGCCUGCAGCUUCUUGUCUUCAAGAGCAAUCAUUUUUUUGUGCCUCCUUCAUGUUGUUUCUUGAUGAUAUUUGUGAGUUGCUCUUCUCUCUUCUGAUACUCGAGCAUUUCUUUUGCUCUUCCUUCUCUCUUUUGAAAUUUUUGAAGUCUUUUUACACAUCAGUUUUGUGUUGGACCCUUUUGACUUUGAUAUUCGACUGGAUAUGCUCCUUAAUCUGAUUUUUGCGAUGUUGGAGUUUUUCAUGUUCCUUCCUUUUCUGGAGCUUUCUUUGCUCUCUCUGGAGAUCAAUUUUCUGGUUCCUCUUUCUCUGAUCGAUAAUCUUAUUGGCCUUCUUCUUUGUUUCUUUGAUCUUAAUUCUAAGUUGUACUUUCUUUAUGCAUGAGAAGGGCUUUCGGUUUGCUAAUAACUCGAAAUCUUCUUCUGAUUUAAUUUUGCUUCUUUUGUAGAAAGAUAUUUUUAGUAAUUUUAUCUGAGGUUGGUGCUGUUUUUUUUGUAUUGAGCUUAUAUUAGGGUACACUUCAAGAUAUUUUACAACUCAU